AUGGCCCCCCUUGAGCAGAGCUCAGGGCGCCAGUCCGCAUCUCCAACCGGCUCCGGGAGGGAUUCACCAAUUCCCAAAAGAUGGACAACAGAUGAUCCUCCUAAUAAAGACAAAGCAUUUCGCAGAUAUGCCUCGGGCGUCGAGAGAUCACUCUCCCUGUUCGAUACCGCGCUGCAGGAAUGGGCAGACUACAUUUCAUUUCUUGGGCGAUUAUUGAAGUCUCUUCAGGCGCACCCUCCCACGGUUAUUACUGUCCCCUCGAAAGCCAUUGUCGCAAAACGACUUGCACAGUGCUUGAACCCCUCCCUCCCUUCCGGCGUACACCAGAAAGCUCUCGAAGUCUACGCCUACAUCUUUUCGAUGAUAGGUAAGGAUUCUCUUGCUAGAGAUCUGCCUUUAUACCUCCCCGGGUUGUCGUCUACGCUGUCCUUCGCAUCUCUCACCGUUCGGUCCCCAUUCCUUGAACUACUCGAAAAGUACCUGCUCAAACUCGAUUCCCGAUCCCUUCGACCUGCUCUUAAAGCCAUUAUACUCUCGGUAUUGCCUGGACUUGAGGAGGAGACAAGUGAGGAUUUUGAACGCACUAUAACGCUGCUUGAUGGGUUCAAGCAUGCCGUUAGGCCGUCAAACAGUGAUGAUCUCGGGCAGAAUCAUAAUAGUGGAGAUGGGUACUUUUGGCAAUGUUUCUUCCUUGCGGCCAUUACAAGCAAUGGGCGCCGGCUUGGUGCUUUAGCCUACCUGCUCCGAAACCUACCAAAACUUGGUCAACCGCUUGCCCAUGAUGGAGCGAACACUGCUGCCAAUGGGUCGAACAAGGGGGACACCGGCUUGGAUCCUGGACGCCUGGCCGAACUCGUGACAUCUCCAGAACCCGGACUACUCCUCAGAUGUUUUGCCGCUGGAUUAGCUGAUGAACAGUUGUUGAUUCAACGCGGGUUCCUGGAUCUCCUGGUUACACACCUUCCGCUGCACUCCCAAGUCCUACAAAAACGAGUGAAGAAGGAAGAUUUAGAGCUUCUUAUAACAGCUGCCGCAGGUGUAGUUACUCGUAGAGAUAUGAGCCUUAAUAGACGCCUGUGGACAUGGUUAUUGGGUCCCGAGCCUGUUCAUAACGAUUCCGAGGGUGGGCCAGAGUCGCCUGCUUCGGUGACAGCAAGCUCCCAUGGGUCUCACCCAUCGUCGCCGACCCAUUACUUCGAACAGUUCGGGUUACGGCCGUUAACUAACGCUCUUCUAAAAAUGAUUCAACAGGAUCCUAUUAACCCUGUUGACAGACCGAGGCCUUUCCGAAUUUGCCUUUCUCUAAUGGACAGGUGGGAAAUUGGUGGCCUUGUUGUGCCGGAUAUAUUCUUGCCUAUCGUCAGCAGUGUCCAGAAAUAUAAAACCCAAGCGAGUAGUAAAACUGAAUUCUCUGAAGUACUUCGCAGUGCGAGUGUCUUCUUUGAUGGCGUCGAGAGUGGCCUAAUCUGGAGAGAAAUUGUUGGCUUAAUCGCUCAGGCUAUUGGAACUGACAAAGCCACAGCUACGGAAAGAAUAAACAAUCUCUCACUGGUCAAUUUCAUCAUCGCUCAUUUUAAUGUUCGGGAGGAAGAGAUGCUCAUGGUACAUGCCCCUUUAACGACCUUAACAAUAUUGAGCAUGUUGGAAGACACUCGAGGAAAAAAUGGGAAAGAGCAUGAGUAUGUUGGGGUAUCCCCGGAGGUGUCCAAGAUGGCUUUAAGCAUCGCAAUGGAUCUUAUCGAUCUCGCCCCAGACCGCGCCUUUCAAACCCGGCCGUCAACGAGCCAAUCUCUUUCCACUACCGAUGACGGAGAAGCGGCACGAACUAUAGCGAACGCAGAGAUACUCGAAAAUAUCAAAGCAUUUUACACUGAAGACCAAGGGAAUCUUGACGCUAUUGGACCCCCUUUCUCAUCCCGUGACGUGAGCGAGCUCCUCACGAGGAAAGCUGUUAGCAUCACCAGCCAAGACCUAUCUGGGCCAACCCCAAGUGUUGAUGCGGGAAUGAAGAGCAAGCUUUUAAUGAUGGUGUUAUCAAAGAUACCCAGGGUCAAGAGUCUUGAUAUCACAACAGUCAUCUCAUCUAUGCACAGCAGCCUGACCGUCUCUUCGCCAGUGCCAUUUAUAGUUUUUACGUCAAUUACGUCUCUUGCAACCAACCUUUACUCCGCAUCCUACAUAUCUGCAACUGAUCUAUCAAAUCUGGUAGACCCGCUUGUGCGCCUAGCUUGGUCUUAUUUAUCAGCAUCGCAGCCCAAGUACCAUGUAGAGACUGUCCGAUGUCUUUGGCAACUACAGACGAGCUUGUCGCCGUCAAAUCGAGAGAUUGAAUCGGCAAUUUGCUCCCUCAUGGUGGAGCGUGAUGUUGGAGGAACUUUUGCCGUUCGAGAUGCUGAUUCCGGCCGGCGCUUUGGCGUGCUAUGGACGCACACGCUCCAGGAUACCGGCCACUCGGACCAGAAGGGGCGCAAGUCUUCUAACACUGAAGCUAAGGGCCCAAUCCGCCUAUCUGGUAUUGAGAACUAUGGGAUGAUGCUUUCACGGCCUCUCUUUUUACUCCUCGAUUCACUGCUGGACAAACAUACCCAACUCUUCCAGACCAUGGAGACGUGGCUACAAACCCUCGUGGGUAUUGAGAAGCUUUUUUAUCUGCUUAUAUCCAAAUUCUUAAAAUUCGAGUUUCUUCAUACAGCUUCCGAGAGCGGCCCCAGUAGCUUAGAUGGCCCUAUACGGAUAUAUACCCAGGAAGAUGAUUUAGAUGGGUGCUCAUAUUAUAUUCGGACGCUAUCCAAUGUUCUACAGUGCUCUUCUGCUCAUGUAUGGGUGGUGCUUGCUGAAAAUACGAUCGCCCCCGAUACAAAUUACACCGCAUUAUCCAGUAUUACUGGACGUGAUGGCGAGGUCACCUUACUAGAGUUUUUCUUGCAAGUUUGUUUACGAGCAAUAUCUGGAAGACAUGGCCCACAAAGCGCCAGUUUAGAACUAGUUAAAAAGUUUCAGCUGACGGCCUUGACCACCCUCCAACAAAUUCUCCGAAGUCCAAGUUCCUUACAGCUUGCAGAUCUCCAGCUGGAGCAUAUCCUUAUUGAUCGCCUAACUAAAUCUCUAGAUGAACCGGAUUCUUCUUCCAUUCAAGACCUAUUGUUAAAGGUGUUGUAUAUCUCGCUGGAGAUCAGGAGUGCCUCUGCAUUCGUUGCUGCUCCCCCAACCCCAACAAUAGAGCACAAGCGCCCAAGUGCUCAAGACACACCCCACAACCCAAGGCUCUCUAUCUCAACGGACCGUACAGAUCCACACCCGCCUCCAAGGGUUCCUCCGCCACCGCCCGCCCUUAUCAAUUGCCUCCAGGCGGGGUUUGCUGCAUCCAGCAGUAGGCCAGUCUUAGAUAACUGGAUUAGCUUUCUUACCAAGUGCUUACCCCUAUACUCGGAUACCAUUUUCCAGAUCCUCAUACCGUUAGUGGAAACGUUUUGCCGUCAAAUUGAACGGACAUUCAGAAGCCUUCAGACAACUUUUAAAGAGCCAGGCCUGGAUACCGCGAGGCCCGUUGCGCCCGAGUCGACCUUGAUCUCUCUAUUAAAUGGUCUUGAGAAUGUUCUUGCACGAGGGCAUGACCAUCUGCUCCAUGACGAACUUAAGACACCAGCGAUGAAGAAUCCAGACCAAGCUCAAGGUUUCUUCGGGAAUAUGGUCUCGAAUGUAUUCACGUCCGAGGCACCUCAGGCUAGGAGUGCGUCUGCUAAUAAUCGACUGACUGUUCUGCUGUCAUUCCAAGAUGCUGUCCGCAUAUGCUUUCUCAUUUGGUCCUGGGGAGGAGCAGACGGGGCCCGCCAGGAUGUAGAAUCCUCUGCUUCGUUCAACUAUACUUCAUUGCGGAUGAGGAACCGAGCCCGCAGACUCCUGGAACAUCUUUUUGCUGCAGAAACUUUAGAGUGUUUGGAGACUGUCGUGGACAUGUGGCAAAAGUCUUUGGCUAGCGAACAAGGCUCGAAGUCCAUGGUCGUUUUCAAUCUUCUUCACGUCCUUGACGGCUCGAGACCAAAGCACACAAUCCCCGCUAUCUUCAAUGCCAUCUACAGUCGUAGUAACCCGUCUGCGCUAGAUCCUGCUCGAAAGUCAACGUUGACUUCAUCGCUCAAUGACACCGAUUUGGUGAUAUUCCUAGUUGAAUAUACCCGCUCCUUGGAAGACGAUACGAUGGACGAAAUCUGGGUGGAUUGCAUGACAUUCCUAAAGGAUUUAUUAACGAAUCCAUUUCCGCAUAGGCAGACCCUACCAAGUCUACUAGAAUUCGCGGCAAUCUUGGGGGAGAAAGUCGAUAAUACUAACUUUGGGGAGCAACGGAAGAUGCGCAGAGACCUUGCCGAUCUUUUUCUCAGGUUACUCACGGCGAUAUUCACAACUAGGCCCAUGGGCUUCUUGGAGACAACCUCCGAUGCCGUCGACCGCUCAACCUCAGCACCCCAGCGGACAUUGGCCAGAUCUGACGAUAUUGUCAGUAUUCUGGCCUCUAUUGCAUCUAACCUUCCCAAGAUCCUUGUUGAGCCUGACCGAGUGCUUUCGGCUGCGAAUAUAAUAUCUACUAGUGUCAUCGGACCAACUUUCAAAUCCAAAGCCUUUCCAGACAAUGUCUCGAAAAGCACAUUGGUACUCCUUUAUCAAUUAAGCAGGCUACCGAAUACCCACAAAGCCUGGAAAAAGGAUGUUGCCGACGCGUUCAACGAUUCAAAGUUCUUUUCUACUGCGCUGUCACUUGUUGACAGUGACUGGCUACCACUAUUGAAACAAUGGACAUUAGGGGAGAAAGAGCGCAUGCCCGAGCUGCUCUCGCGAAUGCAAGCUCCCACCACUGCGGGGAUAGUCUUUGGUGUCGGAGCUACAUCAGCAAGACUUGAAGCAGACAGAAAGACCCAACUUAAUCUACGACGUGUCGCUACACUUGUACUAGCCACCACCGAUGAUAAUUUCGUCGCCGACCUGCCAGUAAUACAGGAGAAGAUGGUAGAACUUCUGCUCGCGACGACAACAUCCUCGCCAUCUUCAACCACCCGAGCAGACGUCUAUCUUUUACUUCGCGCGCUAGCCCUCAAAACAUCCGCUGUCCACCUCGCAACUCUAUGGCCAAUUAUCAACGCCGAAUUACACGCGGCGAUCUCCUCCAUCGUAGCGCCUGAUCACAGCGCAGCUUCCGACACCUAUACCAACAUCUCGAUCCUCCAAGCAUGUAAACUGCUAGAUACUUUACUAUGCAUCGCUCCCGACGACUUCCAACUUCUAGAAUGGCUUUUUAUCACCGAUACAAUUGACGCCGUAUACCGACCAUCCCAAUUCCAUCCCAUCGCACUAGCAGAUGCAAUAUCCGAAGAACUGGGCUCAACGGCGUCGGCAGCAGCCAUACAAACCGAAGUUUCAGCGAUGCAAACAUCGCAAAGCCCUACCCGCAAGCCAUUAAUAGGUCCGGGUGGCAUUAGUGACGAGGGCAAUUGGGAGAGAAGGGACGAGCUGGUUGCGAAGGUGUUGCGACCGUUCUUUGGCCAGUUGAGCAUUUUUGCGUUUGAGAGCACGUAUUCUAUGGGCGCACCGGAUUGGGAGGCUUGUAGGAUGGGGGUAUUAAAAGACUUGUUUGACGAGCGAACUAUUGUUAAGGCCUUGUAG